AUGGCGAAAACACAAAUAUGGCAAAAACACAAAUAUUCCAAAAACGCAAAUAUGGCAAAACAAAAAUAUGGCAAGUCACAAAUAUGGCAAAAACGCAAAUAUGGCAAAAACACGAAUAUGGAUAAAACGCAGAUAUCGGAAACACGCAGAUAUGGGAAAACGCACAUAUGGGAAAAACGCAGAUAUGGGAAAAAGACAGAUAUGGGAAACACGCAGAUAUGGGAGAAACGCAGAUAUGGGAGAAAUGCAGAGAUAGGGGUGAAACACAGAUAUGGGAAAAACGCAGAUAUGGGAAAAACGCAGAUAUGGGAAAAACGCAGAUAUGGUAAAAACGCAAAUAUGGGAAAAAAUGCAAAUAUGGGAAAAACGCAAAUAUGGGAAUAA